GUCCUGGCCACCGACUGCACCGCUGCGGAUUCUCAGGGCGUGAAUGCUGCUCCUAGGGCCGCACCCACCUCGGCGAGCCACCCACCUCCAACCAGCACUGCACACCGCCGCUACCAAGAGGGCGUGUCACGAGGUGAGCGGGGAGGCCCCGGCCGCGAGCGGAGCACCAAGGGCGCGCGGUGCUCCUUACCCCUCCCCCUCGCAGCCGUCCGGCGGUUCCCGGGAAGAUGGCGGAUCGCGCGGAGAUGUUUUCUCUCUCCACCUUCCACUCGCUGUCUCCUCCGGGCUGCAGGCCUCCCCAGGACAUAAGCCUGGAAGAAUUUGAUGAUGAAGACUUGUCUGAGAUCACCGAUGACUGUGGCCUGGGCCUUAGCUACGACUCAGACCACUGCGAGAAGGACAGCCUCUCCCUAGGGCGCUCGGAGCAGCCACAUCCUAUCUGUUCCUUCCAAGAUGAUUUCCAGGAAUUUGAAAUGAUUGAUGACAAUGAGGAGGAGGAAGAGGAUGAAGAAGAGGAGGAAGAGGAGGAAGAGGAGGAAGAGGGAGAUGGGGAGGGCAAAGAAGGAGAACCUGGCUCAGAGGCACCUGCUGGGGAAUCCCUUAUUCCUUCUCCUUCCCUGGAUGAGCUGCACAAGCACAGGCCCACCACACUCCACCUGACUACACUGGGAACCCAGGAUUCCCUGAACAACAAUGGAGGUUUUGUCCCUGCAUUCCCAUCCUCCUGGCAAGAGACUGUGCUGUUUUCACCAGCUCAGGAGCCCCUUAGAGAGUUCCCAGCCCCCCUCCUGCCCACUGAAGAGGAGCCCCAUGAGGUACAGUCUCUGGUGCACCCUGGUUGUGACUGUGAAGGGAAUGAGCCUCCAGAGCCACCAGCAUCAGGUGGUGCCUCACCUUCCUCCGACCCUGGUAUUGAGGCUGACCUGAGAAGCCACUCUAGUGGGGGCCAUGAGGGUCGUCGUAGCAGCCAGGAGCUCUCAUCACCAGGCUCAGACUCUGAGGAUGCAGGUGGUGCACGCUUGGGGCGCAUGAUCUCCUCCAUCUCUGAGACAGAGCUGGAGCUGAGCAGUGAUGGAGGCAGUAGCAGUAGCGGCCGCUCCUCCCACCUCACCAACUCCAUCGAAGAGGCUUCAUCACCGGCCUCAGAGCCUGACCACGAGCCUGAGCCGGAGCCUGAGCGGCUGCAGGAACCUCCCCGCCGACCUGCCUUCCUGCCUGUGGGCCCUGAUGAUACCAACAGCGAGUAUGAGUCUGGCUCUGAGUCUGAGCCUGACCUCAGUGAGGAUGCUGACUCGCCCUGGCUGCUCAGCAACCUGGUGAGCCGCAUGAUCUCAGAGGGCUCCUCACCCAUUCGUUGCCCUGGUCAGUGCCUGUCUCCUGCAGCACGCCUGCAAGGAGAGCCUGCAUCACAGGCCUGUGGGACCACUGAGGACUCCCAAGACCCCGAGGCAGUGGCAGGUGCCCACGUGGAGUUGGUGGACAUGGAGACCCUGUGUGGGCCACCCCCAUCAGCUCCCGCAGCCCCUCGGCCUGGCCCUGUGCAGCCUGGGCCCUGCCUUUUUCUCAGUAACCCGACCCGGGAUACCAUCACACCGCUUUGGGCUGCACCUGGCCGCACUGCCCGCCCUGGACGCUCCUGCUCUGUUGCCUGCUCAGAGGAGGAGGACGAGGAUGAUGAAGAGGAGGAGGACGAUGCAGAGGACAGCAUAGUUCCCCCUGGUUCCAGAGACACAGGCUCUGCUGUACCGCUGGAUGCUUCGCUGGUGUAUGAUGCAGUUAAAUACACACUAGUAGUGGAUGAACACACGCAGCUAGAGCUGGUGAGCCUACGGCGCUGUGCAGGCCUGGGAAACGACAGUGAAGAGGACAGCAGUGGUGAGGCCAGUGAGGAAGAGACCGGGGCUGCACUACUAGGUGGUGACCAGGUCCCAGGGAAUGAGUCUCCAGACAGUCCCGACCUCACCUUCUCCAAGAAGUUCCUCAAUGUCUUUGUCAACAGCACAUCUCGAUCCUCCAGCACUGAGUCCUUUGGUCUUUUUUCCUGUCUGGUCAAUGGGGAGGAGAGAGAGCAGACACAUCGGGCUGUCUUCAGGUUCAUCCCCCGCCAUCCGGACGAACUGGAGCUAGAUGUGGAUGACCCAGUAUUGGUUGAGGCUGAAGAAGAUGACUUUUGGUUUCGUGGCUUCAAUAUGCGUACUGGCGAGCGUGGUGUGUUCCCUGCCUUCUAUGCCCAUGCAGUGCCUGGUCCUGCUAAGGACCUGUUAGGGAGCAAGCGGAGCCCUUGUUGGAUAGAGCGCUUUGAUGUGCAGUUCUUGGGCUCCGUGGAGGUGCCAUGUCACCAAGGCAAUGGCAUCCUGUGUGCAGCCAUGCAGAAGAUUGCCACUGCCCGGAAACUGACUGUCCACCUGCGCCCCCCUGCCUCUUGUGACCUUGAGAUCUCUUUGCGGGGAGUCAAGCUGAGUCUGAGUGGAGGAGGGCCUGAGUUCCAGCGCUGCAGCCACUUCUUCCAGAUGAAGAACAUCUCAUUCUGUGGCUGUCAUCCCCGCAACAGCUGCUAUUUUGGCUUCAUCACCAAACACCCACUGCUAAGCCGCUUCGCCUGCCAUGUCUUUGUGUCCCAGGAGUCUAUGAGACCAGUGGCACAGAGUGUGGGCCGCGCUUUCCUGGAAUACUACCAGGAGCACCUGGCAUUUGCCUGCCCCACAGAGGACAUCUACCUGGAGUAGCAUCCACCACCCUCAGCUCUGUCCAUGAGGCUCUGGGUGUCUGUAGGCCACCAUGGCUUGCACAAGGACUGGAUUGGGGACAUGUGGUACCUUACAUGGUUGGAGUCUCUGGGCUGGGAAAUCUCAUCCUUUAUCCCUGGGGUACAGCUUAUGGGGGCUGCGGGGAAGAGGAAUUCUAGCAGCCCCACUUUUCCUCUGAUGCACAUUUUCUCUGUCAUCCUCAUUUGUCUUGUCCCUCCAGCUCCCUUUCCUCUGUCUCCUGCCCCUUUUUGUGCCUGUAGACCUUGCCCUUUGCUCUCUCUUUUGGAGUCAGAACUUGGGGGAGGCGGGUGGGUUUAGGGUAACUGGUGAGGUCAGGUUCCCCAGUUAUUCCCUCCUGGCCUCUUGUGAUUUAUAAAUGAAUUUUAAUUUUUAUAGUGCAUCUCAAGGGAUUAUCUCAUCCUUGAUCACAGGAAGGGACCCCAAGCCUAACCUACAGGGAGCUCAGGGGAAGUAGGGAGGGGUUCCUAAGAGAGCCUUAGGGUAAACAGAAGUGGCUCUUGAUGUUCACCCAAAGCUCCCCAAUGCUGUUAGGAGAGGGUGCCCCAAAAGGCACCUCCAACAGGCCAUCUGCUUUGCUGCUAACAACCCUGCAGUCCAGCGAGUGAGUAUCUGCCCUGCGUGCGCGUUCUGCUGUGUACGUGGGCCCAGCCCAUGGCCUCAAUAAACUCUGCUUGGUGUGA